AUGUCGUCUCCGCACCGUCGACCGAUCGGAGGUGAGGGGACAAGGACUAAGCCGCCGCUCCCGCCCAAACCAAAGUUGAAGAGCGCUGCAAGAAAACCUGACGGACCCCCAACAUGCAACAAGGCAGAGACCGAAGGCGACGACUCUCGAAAUGAUCUCCACAAAACGUCGACGGAAAAAACACAAGACCAUGAGCUCCGCAAAAACACCUAUCCCUGCAUCUGUGAACACCUCAACGUCGAAGAAACGGUUCCUACACCCAACGAAUGCCGGAAAUACUUUUUGAAAAAAUCUCUGGAAGACUCGGAUCUGCUCAUGAGAUAUCAUGACACUGGUCGGGACUCGGGAAAUUCCUCGGUGGCCUCCAGUUCAUCGUCAAGUUUGAGCUACGCCCCGUUUGCGAACCCUCGACACAACGCCCCGUCAUCACCGCAGCAGCAGCUGACGACGCCUUGCCCAGUCUCGGAACUCCCGAUGCAAGACGCCCCCGUCGAGAAAAGCGAUGUCCGAAAACCACUCGUAGGCGAAACGCGGGUCAACACACUCGAGCGGAAUCGAAUACAGAGCAUUGAGGAUGAACACAAAUACGAGACCUUAGAUCACGGCGCUCGAGUGCCACAAGUAUCGGAAGACGAGGGCGUUUGCUGCUCUAGCUUGAAGACAAAGAUCUCUCCGAAGGUAAAGGAACUAGUGCGCCCUCAUCACGAAGGCGAUCACUCCAGGGAACGGCCACCCAUUCCGAAUAAACCUCCGCGACCGAGCCUCCAGAAGAGCUUGCGGCCCAACUCAACGGACACUAUCCUCUCGGUGCAAUUUGCAGAUGAGGGAAUAGACGAACGAGAAGCAGACUAUAAAGAGAAUCUCAGUCUGGUCGAUCAAAUUAAGGCAGCCGCGCAGAGUGCUGGCUACGAACCCAUCGACACGAAUCGCAGCGUCGUCCUAACUAUUCCUGGAGCUCCGACAAAAGGACGUUCGACCAAAAAAGAUCUUUCGACUCGACAGUCUGUUGCAUACGCGGACAUGGAACCAGAGAGUGAAUUCAAGCCCGUCUUAGCUUCGCAGACCUCCAUCGAGCUGAAGGGGAUCUCUAAAAAGAGAGUUCAAGUCGACGACGAAACCCCGAAGCUACAAAUUGACGUGAAAGUUAGCAAGGAUAAGAAGAAAGCUUCCGAGAACGUCAAAGCCGUGAAGGAAUCUCCAGUGACUGAAGCAUCAAGAACCGAUGAGAAGAAGAAGGGCCUCAUCAAACGCGUCAAAAACAUGAAAAUGGAGAAUCCAUUCAAGAAAUCCGAAAAGGACGACGACUUUGAGGAACCGUCGGAUAGAUCGAAAUCGGGCUUCAGGAAUAUGUUCAAGAAGAAAGACAACGACGAUUUCGAUGAUUCCGAUGAUCAGGACAGACGCACCUUCUCGACGAAGGUUAGUAAAGCGCUCCGUCGCGAUAAGAAAGACGGCACCGAACUCGAUGAACCUGACGUCUCGCAGGAAGAGAACACAAAAACGUCGAAAGUAUUCGGGAAAAUCUUCAGGAGCGAAUCGAAGACGGCCAGACAGGAUGACGACUACCCCGAAUGCGACGACCCAAAGAAACCAUCGCUGAUGAGUAAAUUAUUCUCCAAGGACCCGAACAAGGAGAAUGGCGAAAGGGAUGUCCAAGAAGGCGGGAAGAGGUCCUUCAUGUCGAAAAUGUUCCAGAGAGACCCGCGUGACGAUGACGGUGACCUCGACGACGGGACCGAGAAGAAACCCUCCCUGAUGAGUCGCGUGUUCUCUCGUGACGCUAGAGAUGACGAGCUCGACGGAAGUCACGAGAGGAAAACUUUCUCCGAGAAAAUGAGCGAUUUCAAGGAGAAGGUCCUCAGCAGGAGGGACCGGAUAAGCGACGAGGUCGAGAACGAAGUCAGGGAUCCCUCCGAGAAGAAAUCGCGAUUCGAAAAAUAUUUCCCGUCCGAAAAACCCAUGAUACAGCAGUUCGUCCUCACGAAAGAAAUGGAGCCAGAUUUGAAAAAGCGCCGGAUGGGAAAAAUCACGAGUUUCCAGCAAACCAAAGAGGUCGAAGGGGAAGUCGACUCGCCAGCGAAAAAAAUGAUCAAGGAAAAUAUGGAGAAGAUCGCGACCAAAGUCAAAGAAGUUCAGGAUAUGAUGCCGAAGACUUUCAUCACCACCAAAGAAAGAGAUCCCGAACAAGAGAAACCGGAUUACGAGAUUACGACGCAAGUGACGGUGAGGAGAACACCUUCUCCCUGCAGAUUCGAAGGUCGGAAGAAAACCGUCUCGGAAAGCAGUAAUUUCAGUGAUCGAGAAAAUUUGCAGAUCACGCCCGUUUUGGCUGAGGGUAGCGAAAAGCUAACAACGGACAAAUCCACGGUUUUCUACGCGAAAAUCGGCGAAAGCGAAAUUGAAGUCAAGGAGGAUCACUACGGUAGGAUCCAGGUGGGCGAAAAAGAUCCCAUCUAUGCGAGACCCUUCAAAAUGUUGAAGAGGAGUCUGACCGAUCUUUCGAGAUCAACUCCGUCGCUACCGUCGCGGGUCGAAGAGCCGAUCGAAUACAUCGACGUCACUGAACUCUCUCAAGAGCCCAAAGAAGAAUCCAUCAGUCAUCACUACGAACAGCUGGGCGAGCCAGGCAAAAAGAAGAAAUCGGUGUCGAAAUUUAAAGUGCGGGGGCGGAACGGCGCGUCAAACGUCAUCAUGGUAGAAACCGAACUCGUCAAAGGCAAGAGCUUGAGCUCCCUGAACGAGCCGGCGACCAUAUCCGUCGUGAAAACCGUUGAGAAACAGAAACCUCCAGUCCCGCCCCGACCGCGCAACAUCACAACUCCGACCAUCAUCGGGAAGCCGCCCUCGACGCCGACGACGCCGACGUCGUCCAAUGCUGAAUCUUGCUCGAUGGCGCCCUUUGCCCACGUGGAAAAUGUCCACGACGAAGGAGUGAGCUCCCCCAGCACUCGGGCGACAACUCCUUUAUCACUGUUCGGCGAAUCCAUCAAGAGGAAACUCGCGCCGCCUCGACCCCCUCCUCCGAAGAUCUCUACUGUCACCACCAAAGUAACGCCUACGGCAAUCACAACGACGACCGUGUCGUCUGAAAGCAAACCCCAAACAACUACGUUCAAAAAAUCGCUCAAACCCUGCAGACCGCCUCCGCCGAAGGUGACAGUCACCCGAACAGUGCAGAAGACCCCGGUGACCAUGGACAAAUAUUCCGUCUACUGUCAAACGGACGUUGGCCUGAGCACCGACCUCCUGGCCAAAAUCGAACGUGUGGUCUCCUCCUCAUACGAGGAGAGUCCUUUCAAGCCUCCGAGGUCAAGAUCCACUUCCAAGUCCGUCGACAACGUUGGCGUCGCCAGCACAUCGACGUGUAACCCUAGGCCCUAUGACGCUGUUUUUUACGACGAGCCCGUGCGUCUGAGGAAAGCCGGUCUUGGUCAGGAAACCGAGCUCUCGAAACGUAUUUCAACGCUACAGAUUCUUGAAGAAGAAGAACCGCCUCCGUUGCCACCCCGCGGAAUUCGACGGUGUAAAUCGGAGAGCGACGUGGAUUCGUCGGACUCGAUUUACUACGAUUGCUUGGGACCCGACGAGAUGCGCUUCGUCAGUUGGGCUGAAGAGGAUGAGGUCCGCGUUUACGAAAGGGUCACCGACGAAAGCCCGAGUAACUCGAUUUCUCAGAGUACUCCACCUCCCUCAGCUGCAGCUAGUGAAACUAACCUCCAAGAGCUGGCUAAACCCGAAAAAUCACCGUGGUCCCCGCCGAGGGAUCUGGGCCUCGAUUCCGACUCGGAUUGGUCAGAUCAUCCAGUUCAGAAACCAUCCCCUUCGAUACUACUCAACAAGAAAUCAUUCAUGGUGCGCGCCAUGAAAGAUUUUGGAGGCUCAUCGACAGACACAGACAAUCAAAUUCCGCAACAAAUUGCGCAGCCUCGAAAGAGACACAUCAAACGAUCUCCGGUUCACUCGACGGCGGAUCGAAAAGUCCCCGAAGGAUUCAAGCGUCAUCACGCGUCGGACUCGGGCGAAGACACCGACGAUCUCCUGAAGCGAGCUCAAGAGGUCCAGGAUCAACUGCGGCAACUUCUGUCCUACCGCACCGAACAGCUCAGAGUGUGUCUCGAGGCCGAUAUGUCGUCGUCGACCGACCCGGAGCCGGAACCGGUGUCGUGUUCCCGGGCAGAAGCACAAAAGACUGACACUCGAGAAGAAGCUGUGUCGAGCGAUUCAGAAGAGGAGAAAGAAUUGACUCCCCCGCCCCUCGACCCUCGCGAAAAGGCUCUGAAACACGCGGCAAACGUCGCGCGUGAAAUGGCUUCCUCCGAAGCCGCAUUCGUUGACGCGUUGAAGCUAAUUGUGGAGGAUUUCAAGGGCGCCAUAAAUGCCGGUCGCGAACAGCGCGGGGACAUCUUGAUACCGAAUGAAGUCUUGGAUCCCAUACUCUUAUACCUUCCGGAGCUGCUGACCUUUUCAUCUGAUCUUCUCGACAAUCUCAAUGCUCGCGUUGCUCGCUACGAUGAAGACAAGGUGAUCGCCGACGUUUUCGUCAAGCUAGGGCCGUUUCUCAAAUUCUACUCACAUUACAUCAAGGAUUACACAACGAGGUGUAAUUAUUUGGAAGAUGCUCGCAAAAAAUACCCUGAGUUCAACCAGAUUGUACAGCAGUUCGAGGCAAGCCCCCGCUGCAACAAGCUUUCUGUCAUACAAUACAUGUUGAAGCCUGUUCAGCGUAUCCCACAGUAUCGUCUAUUGCUAGACGAUUAUUUCGAGCACCUACCCGAAGACCACCCGGAUCGAGCAAACGCUCAGCAAGGUCUACAUAUUGUCAGCGCUGUUGCCGACCACGCGGACGAGACUAUGAAGCAAGGAGAGAAUCACGCGGAGAUGGUUCGACUGCAGAACAGUCUCAUGAUGUCUUCGGGAUUCAAUGUCUUCAAACCCGGAAGGAUGCUCAUCAAGAAAGGGAAUCUUCUCAAACACAAUAGGAAAAUACCUCAGUUGAAGCACGUGGUUUUGUUCUCGGAUUGCCUCACCUACAUGACUCAAGUUCAAUCGACUCUGAACACCUUGAAGUCAAUCAGAGAAUUUUCUUUCGAUCACCUGACCGUGAAAGCCGACGAGAGAUACCCCAAUGAGUUUAGCGUUCUUUCGGAUUGGAAGUCCUUCACGUUGAUAGCUCAAAACCCUGAAGAACGUCAAGAGUGGAUGGAUGCGAUAAGUCAAGCCGUAGAAGUGUAUCACCAGAAACGGCUGACUUUAGCUGUCGACUCCGAGGGACAGCAAGACGAGAAGGGGGAGAGCGAAGUGAAUCAGGCACCCGUCUGGACCCCAGAUUCACGAGUGUCGAAAUGUCAGAUAUGCAAAAUUCGAUUCACCACUCUUCGGCGGCGGCACCAUUGUCGUAACUGUGGUAUCGUUGUGUGCGGAAAGUGCUCUCUGCGUGAGGCACGGCUGCCGUACCAUGGGGGCGCCUAUGAACGUGUUUGCGACACCUGUGCCCGGAAGCUCCCGAGAGAGAGAUUGAAGUCGACCGCUGGGCUGCCCGAAAUCACGCCCGGAUCUCCCGAAGGCAACAGAGGAAAGAUUCUCUUCGAACUGGGGUCUAAUGACGACGGAUGUACAAUGAGCGGAUACCUAAAAAUGUUCAAGAAAGGCUCUUGGAAACGCUGCUGGUACGUCCUGAAAGAAAGAGUCCUCUACGUCUACAAGGCCAGCGAAGACGUUGAUCCGGUGGACACUGUGGUGGUUCUCGGAUUUGAAGUUGUCGAUAUCGAUGGCGCUAAAAAGAGCGACCAGUCGGACCUCUACUUCAAGCUUCGACAUCAGGGAUUGGACGACAUGGUGCUUUGUGCCGACGACGCCAACACGGCAGCUGAGUGGAAGGAGAAAAUCCGGAGUGCCACUCAGAUAUGAGAUUGCAGAACACGGAGCUCUCCCGUUCAGGAGAAUAAUUGUACAUAGACAAUCCAAAAUCAUCGUUUCGUAGUGUUGCAAUAUUGGAGAGCGGGGACAACUCGUUGACUUUCCGCAUAUUUAUUGAUUGAAGUCGCCAGUCUUAGUUAGAGGUUUCUGGCGUCUGUCGAUUAUAGUCUUAGUAUUUGAUUUCUUACUUCCCAAAGAUCUUCUGAGACUCUUACUCCUCGCCGAUUUUGUAAAAAUUGACCCGAAUGAGGAAGUCAGUCGGUGAUGAGAAUGAAAUAAGUGGCUAUCAAGGUUAUCAUAGUUCAAGGGGGAAUUUGUAAACAUCCCGGAACAGGAUGUCUCGAACCAUGGGGACCUGUCGCUGCCUCUUGUUUAGUUCCAGUGGAUGCUACAUAGAGACAAUCGAAAUAUGGGUCCGAGUUGUUGGGAGAAUCGAGAAGAGUAAUAAACCUUGAUGUGUUU